AUGCAGACGUUCAACCUUACGGCCACAGGCCACAAUCUCAACUACCUUCCCCAGUACAUCGCCCAGCGCCAUGGAUAUUUCCAGGAACAGGGACUCGAGCUGGUAACCAACAUCCCUGCGCCAUGGGACGGCGUUCUCGACGCGCUGGCUUCUGGCAAGGCUGACAUGGCCCUCGGUGGCAUCUGGGUGCCGUCAAUGUAUCUAGAGCGGGUGGAGAACUACACAGUCUUCGCUCAGAUUGCCAACCGCUGCCCAUUGGCCCUUCUGAAACACGGCCCGGCAGACGGAUUCGACCUGCAUGACGUGGCCGGCAAGACGGUGUUGAUGAAGUCUGGCGGGGGUGCUAGCGUCGGCCUGUUUUUCAAGAUGCUGUUGCGCGAAAACAACAUCGACGCUCGGGCCGUGGACUACAUUCAAGACCUCGACGGCGUCAUGCUCGGCAAUCUGUUUCAGGGAGGUAUGGGUGACUUCUUCGUCACGGACAACUUGUCGGCACGUGCUAUGGUUGAGAAGAAUCCCAACAUAUCCGUGGCCAUGGAGAUGGUGACCCAGGGGGACGUUCCGUGGAGCGUGUACUACCGGGAAGCGGCCACGGUGACCCCCGAGGUUCUGGACAAGCAGAAGCGGUUCUGCCAAGCAUUGGCCAAGGGAAUUGACUUUGUCAACAAAACCGACCCCGAGACAUACCAAGACGAGUUGGCACAGCUUUUUCCGAAUGUCCCCGUCGAGGCAGCGAUUGCCGUAACGAACCAAUUCCGCAGCAAUGGCAUGUGGACCGCGCCUGUUAUUCCGCCGGAAGGAUACGACCGAUGGCAGCUCGGUCUUAGAGAUGCCCGUCUUGUCAGAAACCCCAUUCCGUACACUACACUGGUCAACAGCGGGCCGGCACUGAAUGCAGAGGCGUACGAAUCGGCUGUGCCGUCUAGAGCGUCCCAUGUCGCUGGAGUCGCACAUCCUACUGCGGUCGAGGCACCGGCCGUGUCAUCUGCUGCAUAG